GUUGGGCUCGGUCAGUUCGUCCGUGUCGCUUCGACGAGUAGCAUCAGAAAUAUUUCCUCUUCUAGUGCGGAGAACCCGUCGUGAAGAGUGAGGAACAGUAAUCAGUAUCAGUAAAUUGUGAAGUAAAGUUUGAAGAGAGCGGUGUGGAACUUCUUAGACGGGAACACGCCUCGUACAGUGAGUGAUUGUUAACAGUUGAAGACACAGUUUGUUCCUGAAACAAAGGAAGCACAAGACGAAAGUGAAAAGCUUCUUGAGUAAAUUAAAAACAUUCUUCGGAAGAGUAGCGCACUUGCAGAAAAAAAGGCCUAGGGAUUCAAGACUCUUCGUGAAUGAAGUGCUGAACUGGUUCGCACCGAAUACAGCUUUAAGGACAUUAAAGUGUUAUCCCGUGUGCGGCUGGUUGAGUAGUAGUAGCAGCAGGGAAAGUUAGCGAACGAGUAAGUGAGUGAGUUUGUGAGUGAACAGCAGCAGACGGAGGAGCUUUGGGUUCUGGAAGCAACGCACACUACUACGAGAGGAAAACUGACGCUGUACCGAUUGGGAGAGAUGCCCUCGCUGCAACAGACUAGCUUUAAGGAUUGGCCCAGUCCAGACAUUGCACGAUCAUUGACCGGCCCAGAUAUACUGCAGAAACAUUCGAUCAAUUCACUACUUCUGGAGCACAAUGAAAUCAUCAGCCGAGGGUUACCAUCUCCGAUCGAAGCAGAAAAUGUAUCCUUCUCGGAUAUCUUGGGUUCAUCACAAUCAUCGCAAUCUACCUCCACCUCAUCGUCGCUGGGCACCAACAGUAGCAUCAAUAACCAACAGUCUCCGUUGGCAUCGUUCUCGUCGAUUUCUUCCCUCGGUUGUCCGGAAAGUGCCAGCAUACUCGGGUCGAACCUGAGCGGACCGAAUACGGGCUCCUCGCCAGCUAUCAACACCAGCAAUCCGUUCAAUUUCUCCGGACUGUCCAUGUCCAGUUCCAGCCUCAACUCACCCGAGAUCGGUGGAAACGGAAGCUGCGGUGGAGGAGGAGGAGGCGGUGGUGGUGGUGGUGGUAGCGGCAGCGGUGGUGGCCAAUCGCCAACUUACUACGGCAGUGGCAGUGCUCAUUCGGCAAAAAAUUACGACGACUUUCGGUUCGACGACAUCAGUCUGCCCGGUUCGAACAGUGCAAGCAAUCUGACUUCGGAGGCACUGAAAUUGCUUCAGCGUAACAUGAGUGGUUAUGACUGCUCCCUGCCGACGUCGCCGAACGCAUCAUCCACCGGACCCAGCACGAGAUAUUUUCGCGGAUCGCAGCAACUCAGCGACCUGAAUCAUAACUACGAACCUAACAACACCCCCUCUCUCUUUGGUGUUAAUCAGUCUCUGUCACGUUCCAAUUCCCCGCCCGACAAUGACUCCAGUCUGCUGUCCAGUUUAGAUAGUACCAACAUUUUGGACAUGAUUAGUUACCUCACCAUCAGCCAGCAGCAGCAGCAGCAACAAAAUGGACACAACCAUCAUAACUAUGGCAACAGUAACAACAAUAAUCACAACAACAACAACAACAGCAGCAAUAACAACAAUAACAACAACAACAGUAGCAGUAACAACAAUGUGAGCUCACAUUCGCAGUAUAGUUCGCUUCCGCAUUUCAAUCAAUUUUACCAGCAACACCAAUUACAAGGAGGAUCGUCCUUCGGGAAUGGAAACUGCACCAGAGACUCCAUUGGCAAUGGUGGCAGCAGUUUAGCAAGUGACUAUGAACGGUUGCAGAACCUACAGGCGCUUAGUACUUUGCGUCUUCUGCAACAGUCACAGCAGUUAUCUCAAUUCCAAUUGCAACAAUAUCAAUUCAAUCAACUGCUACCCAGUUACAACAACAAUCAGCUUAAGAACUGGACGCUGCAAAACUCAUCUCCAUCGUCCACCAGUAGCAGUGGCAACGAUAUCAAUCUUGACCGGAUUGCACGUUUUCAUCGUUCAUCUGCUGCUCAUUACGAUGCAACGUGUACGUGGAGUGGUGUGCUUCCACCGCGGUCCCAUCGGCUGGUAACUUAUUCGUCAAAAAUUUUCCUCGGUGGAAUGCCUUGGGAUAUAAGCGAACAAUCGCUGGUGCAGAUUUUCAAGCCUUUCGGCUCCAUCAAGGUCGAGUGGCCUGGUAAGGAACAGCAAGCGAUUCAACCCAAGGGAUAUGUUUAUAUUAUUUUCGAAUCGGACAAGCAGGUCAAAGCGUUGCUUCAAACCUGUACCUACACAGACGCGAAUAGCUACAACGGUUCUAGUCGUGGAAACAAUUCGACAUCUUCCGGAGCUUUGACUUACUCGUCAGCAAAUAGCGACGAUCAACAGCUUCAACAUCAACAAUCGGGACAGUUGGUGUUACACAAUAAAAUGCUGCCUCAACCGGGAGCAAAAAUCAACUUCAAGAUUUCUUCGAAGCGAAUCAAAUCGAAAGACGUGGAAGUGAUUCCGUGGAACAUUGCUGACUCGAAUUACGUCAAGUCCACUUCACAGAAGCUCGAUCCGACAAAGACCGUAUUCGUUGGGGCACUACACGGUCAGCUCACAGCCGAAGGAUUGGCAAAAAUCAUGAACGAUCUGUUCGAUGGCGUGGUUUACGUUGGCAUCGACACGGACAAAUACAAGUACCCACUGGGUUCGGCUCGCGUCACCUUCAACAACUCUCGCUCGUACAUGAAGGCCGUGGUGGCAGCGUUUAUCGAAAUCAAAACGGCUAAAUUCACGAAAAAACUGCAAGUGGAUCCCUAUCUGGAGGACUCGCUAUGCUCGAUGUGCGGAGUACAACACGGACCAUACUUCUGCCGGGAGAUCGUUUGUUUCAGAUAUUUCUGCCGAUCUUGCUGGCAGUUUCAGCACAAUCGGGACAGCUCACUCCAGAAUCACAAACCACUGACGCGCAAUUCGAAAUCCACGGCGAUCGUGGGUGUUGGCCCUCAGCAGCAGCAGCAGCAACAACAGCAGCAGCAGCAUCAUUCACAGUUACAGAUUCAGUAUCAUCACAACUAUCACAACCAGCAACAACAACAACAACAGCAGCAACAUCACCAUGGUCACUCCCAUCAUCAGCAUCAUUCUUACAAUUCGCUGCACAGUUCGCCAAAGUCGCCUUCUCCGCCGUGCACUAGCAGCAAUAGUUCAGCAGAUUCAUCACCGGUCUCCUGCCAUGGACCGGCAAAUUUGCACCAACAGCUGCAGCAACAGUUUGGAAGCCUCUAAGUCAACUCGUGAGUUACUUUUAUUUGCCUUUCGAAACUUCACACGUUAGAAACAUCUUCCCUAUCAACGGUAAUCGGAUACAGGGGUGUCUGUCAUUCUGCCGACACUGCGAGCUCAAAGUUUACUUCGAUCAUUGUUAUCUCCCAGAUGCAAUUGUUGAUUGUUUGCAACCUCCUUAUCACAUCUUUUAGAUAUUUAUCAAUACAUAGUAAGUAGCUUGCGGCAGCCCAACCAUUCCGUCAGAUGCUAUUUUGGUACGUGGGGCAAAGAAACACAUCUUCACGGAAUCGCUUUGAGAUAUUUCCUCGUUAGAAAUUUCCUAUGCACAAAGGAAUUCCGCCAGAUGGGUCUGGAUUUCUAAAAAUCCUCCUACACAUGCACAACUAUUUUGCAAUAUUUCCAUUAGACUCAACUGAAUGGGCUAAUUUAAUACUAAUACCGUGCUAUUAUUAUUUAAAUUGCACCGAUUUAAGAUGAUUUCAGUUCAAUAGGCGCGCAUGGCAUUUGUUAAAUGAUUGCACACAAAAAAAAUCAGGCGAUGGAAAAUAGAGAAAAAAAUAGUUGGUUAAUGCCAUAGGUUAGACCGAAAAAGCGUAUACAGCAUCUAACGGAAGGAAGGCACGUGGCACUAGGCUAGGAACUGAUACGUUUUUGAUUACUUUUAAGCUAAAAGCAGUUAAAACCCGUUUAGAACACACACACAAAAUAUUAAAAUAAAAACAACAAGACAGGUGAAUAACAGGCCAACAAAAGUAAAAAAAGAACACACAGUGAGGGAAAGCUCCUUUUAUACAUAAAAAUUUUAAACGUCGAAUGCCAGUAAUGCUAGAAGGCAGAACCAAACAAAAAAAAUGUCGUUUUUAGUUAGGGUGAAAAAAAACCAACGCUGUUGCCUUCAUCAGCGCAAAAGAAAGAAAGAAAGAAUGGCUACCGGAGUGAAUGCAGAAUUAGAUUUUUAACACUUUCUGAGGAAUGUUGUUUUUCGAAAGUAAUCUCAACCAGCAGUUGUAUUAUUCUACAUUAUUGUUUAUACUUUUCGUCUCUUAUAUUUAUUGUUUAUUUAUUUCCACUGCUUCGGCAGACUUUGUUUAACGAUAGGGAAUUUGGUAGUCUCUAGAUGAGCUUUUUUUUGUAGAGUGAUUUAUUGUACAAUUACCGAGAAAAGGUAACAUGCUAUCUCACUAUUUCGUUAAAUUGCAUUUACGCACUUCGAAAUGCAUUUAAAUUUCUCUAUCUAUCGAAUGUUAUAUUAUCGAUUCGCGAUAGAAGCUGCUUGGCUUGUGUUUAUGUUAUUUAUUAUUUUCUUUUUGUGAACCAUACAUUCCCAGAAUGAUAACUUCUAGUAUACAUAUAUUUAUUAUUGCAUAAACUUUGUUCACCAGCACAUCACACUUGUUUUUUACUGUUUUAUAGAGGCACUAAUCAUUUUCAGUGGGCAUUUUAAUUGCAACCGUAUUUGUUUUGUUCUUUUUAAAUGUAUUGUUGUUUUGACAUAUUUUACUCUCAUUUUACAUGCAUUUUAACUAGAGGAAUUUUAGUUUAGUGUUUGAGUGUUUUUAAAUAUUCCACGAUUAAUUUUACCAUCCAUUUGGAAGUGAGGUGGAUUUGUUUUAUACGUAGAAAUUUUGGUUAUUGGGAAUUACAUCGAUGCUAGAGAAGGUAAUGAACCGGAUGCGUUUGUGAAAUAAUGGUGUGCGACAAAAACAAAAAAUACCGGAACAAACUGGUUGAUCAUGUGGCUUAGCUGGAGUAUCAUUGAACACAUCAAUAAUUUUAAUUUGCGAACAGGAAACGAACAAGGUAUAAUGCUAUUGAAUGUAAUUUAGGAACGACACAAAUAGUUUUCUGGACAUUCGCCUGUCCGACCAGGGUGGAAACUAAAAUUUUGGAAUUUCUUUCUCAAGCUGUCAAAAAAGACAAACAUACUUGGAGAAGAUCUGAUUUAUUGAAAUUAAAGAUACAUUGUUCGUUGUUGAAAAAAAAUUAGUGAACAUUUGAAAACGGUCCGAAAUCGGAUGUUCGGCGAAGCUUCCGUUUGAUGUCGGAACAGGAGCGUUGUACGGCCUUCAUGUCAACUUUGCGAAUGCAUCUCUUGAUUCUACCAAUCUACUGUUAACAAUUCGUGGCUCUCCAGUUAUUUUUGUACACCAAGGAGCUCAAAACCCCGAAGAAAUCUUCGAUUAGGCGACACUGGGUACAAAUGGGUUCGAAUGGGUAUUCAGGAACGAUUGUGUUUUUGGCGCAAUGCGAUGACGCUUUAUCUGGCAAAAACACGUAUUGUCCAUCAGCAUGAUGUAUUUGAAAAAACGGGAUCAAAACUUUCUACAAACAUUCGUUCUGGUAGUACACAUCUUGAUUGAUUGCCAACCCAGAUGGCUUGAACCAUGGCUUAGAAAUGCCUUUCUCGGAAAUGACAAUGUACAGCAUCACUUUCUGUUCAAACUUAUGUUUAAAAUAAUAUUUUAUGUUCGGAUGUACAGUAGAAUAGGCGUCUUCGAAAGAGGGAAGCAGUUGUUGGGCAUCUUAGGAUAUUCUAAACUGUCGAAGCCGCUACAUUUUUGCUUUUAAAAUGUUGUACCGUAUACUAUUUGCCGAGAUUUCUGUGCAGUUCGUAGAACUAUACAAUGCGCUCGUGAAAUACUUCUUGUUUCGACCGCAUUUUGAGUAAAACUGAGCAAGCAUGAACAAAACGAAAAAUACUAGCAGAAAGAGGAGAAAGAGAGCUAACACAUACACACUCUUAUUUUUCUCUGAGCUCGUUUGUUGCUAAGCAUACAGGCCUCGAAAAAAUUCCAAAAUUUUAGUUGCCACCCGUUAUUUGGCCGGGCUGGGAAUCAAAUCCAAGUAGGCAGUGUGAGAAGCGAACGUCUUAUUCAUUACUCUAUGCACGUCACCUAAAUAAUAUCCUUUUUUCAGAACUACUCUAAUUUAAAUAAAACUAUAGAUAUUGCACCAAUAGUCAUCUCAUAAGUAGAGAUUUACGCUGUGCAAGAAUGGGUAAAACUUUAUCGUGAAUAUUUCUUUUUGUGUUCAACAACGAAAUUAUUCAUUGAAGCCUUCAGCAAAAUGGUCAACAAUUUUGGGAUAAAAUUUUCAGUAGUACUUAAUCAACAGAAAUACCUCAAAAUUCAAGUUUAUAGAAUGCUUUGUAUUGAGGAGGAUCAAAGAGGAAAACUCAUGACUCGUGUUCACUUUUCUCGAACUUGAUAUUAGAUACGUUCCGUUCAUUCAAGUUUGUGCAGUUGACUGUGUACCAGAAUUCAGUUCCAGAUCCAAACUUCAGCUUCAGAAACAGAAAUUCCACAAAAUUCCAUGUAAUGCCAAGACUUUGCUUUUGGAAAUUUUCUAGUAGAAAUAUUAUAGGGUAAGGGCUCCCUAUUUCAUCUCAUUUGUAAGGACGUCGCCUUCGAACCCCGAUUUAGCCACUAAAAUCACUGUAACUAUUUCAUAUUACUGCUUCAUUCGCCUUGCUCCACGUUGAUAAUUGAUUCACAUUUCUUGAAAAUUCAACUAAUAUUUAUGAAACAGCUAAAAACACUAAUGAUGUUUUCACUACUCUGCUCCUAAUUUCAUCUCAAUGGAUUUUUAUCCAUCCUAUCGUUGAUCUUUUAUUCAUCCUAUAAAUUAGCAAUGGCGACAGCAAUCAAAACAAAAUAUUCCACUAUUACACUCUCACCCGCAUUCGCAUGGCUGCCAGAUGGCUGACUAAACGCUGCCAGCUGGAAAAAUAUGGCUUGCAGACAUUCUGGUGACCGACUGCCUUACCGCUGCCAGAUAUACAACUCAAACGAUACAACCGUACUUUACUCGUUGAAUUAUCUAAUUAAUGGGGCAAUGACUUACGGAGAUUUAAAGAACUAUCUUUUAACAUCAUUUUAUUAGUGAAAACAGAUAGAACAGAUAUAGACUUUCUAUGCAAAGUAAUACAUAUUUUCUAUGAAAAUACCUGGCAUCUCUGUGCACAGCCGAUGAAACACACACACACUUCACAGCGUUAUGUUGGCGUAUAGCGGAAUGAAACCAGUGCUACUAGAUUUGCCACAAUGGUUAUUUCAUUAGUAUUUAACACGUUCUUUCUGGUAAUAUUCGAAGCAAAAACAGUUUUAUUGAAAUAUUAAUAUCAAUAAUAUAAUUAAACUAAUGUCACGGAUACCAAAAACAUAUUUUUUUAUGGUAAUUUGAAGAAGAAAAACAAUUUAUUUUUUGUAACAAUAUGAGAUAACUUGGCAACUUUGCGAAACCAAUUGAGAUGAAAAAAGCGCAAUCAAUUUUCUAGUAGAAAUAUUAUAUUUAUGAUACGAGGCUUUUGUUUCGGUGCCUCAUAAUCCUUCGAAAUCUGGAAUCGCACGUGAGUUAUCUCAAUUCAUAUUAAAAAAAAGAGCUCUCUUUUGUAUUCUCGGGGCGAAGCGGUGUAUUGCACAGUGCUUAGCAACGAGUAACCUUACCUUAUCCGUGCGUCUACAAACUCUGGUAUGUCUUACUGAUACAAUUCCGACGCGCAUAAAAGAAUUUAACUUUCAUUGUAUUCGAUGUAACUGUUUCUUUUAAUUUUAUUUUUUCGACAGAAUGGUACGGUUUCAAAUAAAAUAAAUAAUUUCCUAAUCUUUAAUUUUUGAAAGAAUGUUUUCCCCAAACAUUGAUCCAUAAAUAUUAGUUGAUGUAAACAGCAUUAUCAUGAAGUUUUAUAAAGUACACCCACUUUGCCCCCUACAUGGGGCAAGCAGGGCAAACAAUUUAUUUUUCUAAAUCGUUCUGAACAAUUACUUAAUAACUACUUAAGUGCAAUAUUUUCUUCCGUUUAAAAGAAAAAAACAGGUAUUAUGGCGAUUUGUUUGAGCGCCGUACGUCUCACAUGUGAAGAAAAUUUUACUCUCGUUUGUUCCGCCUUGUUGUCUGCAAUCGUAUUACAACGCAAUAUUUAAAGAGAGCCUUUCCAUUCAGUUAGGGUCAGUAUUGUGCAGUUCGAUGGCUGGACAAUUGCAUCGCUAUUCCAUUGAGAAUGUAUUUUGAGCGCCGUUGACAUCGAGUCGCAGACAAUAACUUCCUACAAUAUUCAUACAAUGCAUACAAUGAAAAUGCACUUGAAUUUGUUAUAUGCAAAGGAAAUUCAACAAUUAGAUUGUUGUAAGAACUCAAAAUCACUUCCGAAGAACUAUUCGAUAUUAUCUUCUGAUGAAAUGCUAGUUAUUUUAAUAAGCACCAUCUGUAAUUUAGUGGCCGGGCAAUUUUUUACUUCUUAUUCAAGUGGCUGGCAGAAUAAGUGGUACUUUAAUAUUGGUCCACCGGUACCAUUCUAGAAGCGAAGAAGUAAAGGUCACACGAUUCAUACUAUCCAUCAACUAAUGAGAACGAUUAUCGAUAUUUGGAGCUCGUACUCACGUCGGCCAGUAAUGUCGUUAAUAUUACCCUUCCGCCUUUUUAAGAUUCAAUUUUUCUUAGUCAGAGUUAUCGCUCAUGACAUGAAUCAUUUUGCUCAUAAAAUUAUCAGUAAUAGGCAUGAUUUCAUUAGAAGGAAUGUUUCAUGGUUUUCAUAAUUUCUAUCAUGGUACCGGCAAUGGAUUUGAAUUCGUGUUGAUUUUAAUUUGAUCUUGAAAAUUUUUUGUACAUUUUCAAUUGUGUGUUUUUUUAAAGUACCCACACGAUUUCCUUUUUCUAAGAUACCAAUAUGAUAAAAUUAAUAGCUUUUGAGUUACAAUGAUAUGAAGGAAGUGAAAGCAAAAACACAUACGCUCUUUUGAAAACUUAGUCUUGAGUCGAAUCGGUCUCUCCAUUUGUGCAAAACAAGUGCUGUGCUAUACUGAAAAUGUAUGAAAAGUUACAUCCGAAUCUUGGUAUGUGAAGUCUGAUGACCUUUUAUCAUUUUUUGGGAUCAUUCAAACCUUUUCCAUGACGGUAACGAUCCGCACAGAGUGUUGCGUUGCGUAAAACAGCCUUUCUAGUUUAAAUUUUAUCUUUAAGAGAACCUUUUCGCUCGAAAUCUCUGUUAGAAGAAGCCAUGAUAGUAGGCAGGGAAAAUAAGACAUUGUUUUCGUUUAGAUGAAUUAGUGACCACUGCUCGUCAGAUAUAUAGAGCUCUAUCUACACGCUCAUUCAAUGUUACUCUCAAGUGAGUAAUUUGUACUCACUUUUGCUUAUUUAGUUCAAAUGUCAAAAAAGUGAGUAAUAUUAAUUUAGAAGACUGAGUAACUUCUACUCAGUUUCUAAAUUGACAACAAGUUUUACGCACAGAGCUUUGAAAACGUUGGGUGAAAAUUUACGUCUAAUGAUUUUUGUAUAUCUAUUGAAAGGAAUUUGAAGGAAAAUGGAGUAGGUUGGAGACAUGGUAGAAGAAGUAGUCUAUCGAAAAUAAAAAGGUAAUAUUGUCAUACCUCCUAAUAAGAAAAACUUGUGCAGCUGUUUCCAUGAUUAAAGGUUUUUGCUGCCACAUUUGUGCAACCUUCGUUCCAGGAUACGUGAGAGAGUUUAAAGAUCAUUUUCAACUUUCUAUGGAAAAACUACAAAAUGUAAAUAAGAGAAUUUUUGAGACAAUAUUUUAAAAAAAAGUUGCAUUGUUUUUAAUUUACACGCAUAAUUUUUAAGAUAAUUCGAAUGAUAUUGAGUAAUAUAUACUCACUCGAGCUAAUUUUCCCAUUUGUAGCACUGAGUAAAUGUUACUUAGAAUUUGACAACUAGCAUAUUUACUAAAAAGUGAGUAAACAAGCUUUACUCUCUAUAGAAUAGUUCCACUUCUAACGUAAGUGAGUAAAAUUUUACUCACUUUAGAGUAACAUUGAACGAGCGUGUAUAUGAAUGGAUACGUCGAAAUAUUUCCAAGCAGUGCAAAGCAGUGCUGACAUCGAGAAUCUGAUCAAAGUUGGCCACUGUAGGUACUGUUUUAUUUUCCGUGAUUUGGAUUUGUACCCUAUAUAGAAAUUCAAGACAUAGUCCUACGUCAAAAUAACGAAUGUUUUUCCAAAAUUGAUCAACCAAACCUAAAAAUGCUUGAAAAACAAAGAAAUAUUCGCAUAAACAUUAUUUCGGAGCAUCGAAAAGAUUCGUAAUUUGAGUAGCUCAGUACUUAAACAACGCACCAUUUCUCUAAGCCGUCACAUCAUUCCAAAUGUUUGUAGUUUGCGUUAAUUAAGAUAUGUUUGGGAAAACGUUGAGUUUAGUACCGAGUGUUAUAUGUUUGUUGCCGUUUGUUUGUUAUCAAUUGUCUGAACAGAGAGAAACUAUCUAAAACAAAUCAUUCAAAGAAAGUAUAUCUAGGGACCCAAUAAUUGAUUUUAAAAUUAUAACAGCACCUAAUCUAGACUAGUGUUAUCGUCUACAGAUAGCUUUCCUCGGCAAGUUGUCUAUAUUUUUAUAUUUAAUACAAAUCCAAAUAUAUUACAGCAGGUUAUGUACAUUGUUUAUACAGGGUGAUUUUUUAAGAGCUUGAGAACUUUUUUAAACAAUAAAACGCAUAAAAUUUGCAAAAUCUCAUCGGUUCUUUAUUUUAAACGUUAGAUUGGUACAUGACAUUUACUUUUUGAAGAUAAUUUCAUUUAAAUGUUGACCGCGGCUGCGUCUUAGGUGGUCCAUUCGGAAAGUCCGCUUUUUUAUCGACAAAUUUUGUUCAGCGAUGAGGCUCAUUUCUGGUUGAAUGGCUACGUAAAUAAGCAAAAUUGCCGCAUUUGGAGUGAAGAGCAACCAGAAGCCGUUCAAGAACUGCCCAUGCAUCCCGAAAAAUGCACUGUUUGGUGUGGUUUGUACGCUGGUGGAAUCAUUGGACCGUAUUUUUUCAAAGAUGCUGUUGGACGCAACGUUACAGUGAAUGGCGAUCGCUAUCGUUCGAUGCUAACAAACUUUUUGUUGCCAAAAAUGGAAGAACUGAACUUGGUUGACAUGUGGUUUCAACAAGAUGGCGCUACAUGCCACACAGCUCGCGAUUCUAUGGCCAUUUUGAGGGAAAACUUCGGAGAACAAUUCAUCUCAAGAAAUGGACCGGUAAGUUGGCCACCAAUAUCAUGCGAUUUGACGCCUUUAGACUAUUUUUUGUGGGGCUACGUCAAGUCUAAAGUCUACAGAAAUAAGCCAGUAACUAUUCCAGCUUUGGAAGACAACAUUUCCGAAGAAAUUCGGGCUAUUCCGGCCGAAAUGCUCGAAAAAGUUGCCCAAAAUUGGACUUUCCGAAUGGACCACCUAAGACGCAGCCGCGGUCAACAUUUAAAUGAAAUUAUCUUCAAAAAGUAAAUGUCAUGUACCAAUCUAACGUUUAAAAUAAAGAACCGAUGAGAUUUUGCAAAUUUUAUGCGUUUUAUUGUUUAAAAAAGUUCUCAAGCUCUUAAAAAAUCACCCUUUACAUAAUAUAAGUACAGUAAUAAGUACUGUAGAAGGAUUACGAAACAGGAACAAUAGGUGAAGCGAACACAGUAUAGCAUAAAGGAAUGUCAAAAACUUACAGGUUGCUUGAGAUUUGACUGAGAAAUGCAGCAGAAUACCAAUAAAUAAAGACAAUAAGCUACUCUAUUGAAGCAUUUCUGUAGCCUAGUUCAGAUGAUGGAUUUUUUUUGCAAUAACCAAGCCAUGAUGACGAUGCGCCAUAUAAUUGCAGAUGGCAGCCAAAUCGAAUACACCUUUUACAUUCCUUUUCCAAAGUAUACCAGUUCUACGGUUUGUGACAUUUUAGUACGUUUUUUACAGACAAGGUUAUUUAUAAAAGAAAAAUCGACAUUGAACUUUGUUACAUUCUAAAAUCAUGUCAAGUAAAUUGUUAAAUGAAAUCAAAAGGCGGAACACAACCAAUUUUUCAAAGUGAACCAAAUAUAAAAAAAAUUGAGCGCUUUCAUCAAUUUUGACGCUGAACAAUCGUGCGUUACUAAAGCAUAGUGAAAAUAAUCGAGCUUGAUUUAUUGAAAAAAAAAUCGUUACAAAAUUGAAUUGGCAACAAUAAUAGCAGGACAAUGAUUCAAAGUUUGUAAAAAGUUAAAAAUAACAAAAAAAUACAUUACAUUUAUCAAUAUUUAAACUAUUGAAAUGAAGAAAAUGUGCCUAGCCUGUUUAAAAUGUAUAAAAACAGAUAUAUGCUAUUUAUUAAACUAUGCAUCAUUAGAAUGAUUCCAACGAAUCAGUCCGUAGUUUAUGGGACCGUUCGAAACGUGAAUCGAAACUAGAGUAACGUAGAUGAACUAAGAGAUACAGUCGCGAAGUUGCAAUAAUCGCUACCAGAAUAUCAUAUAAAAUGCUACAAAGCAACACCAAAAGUUUUCGAUAAAGGAAAUAACAUCAAUCUAAUAUGUUUUUAUUACAUUAUUUCCAAACAACAUUUUGGGAUGAUUCUGAUAACUGCAGUUAGCAAACCGAACACGAGAACGCCUAGGUGGCAAUAUUGGUACUCCAGAAAGUUGUAUUAUUUUAGAUGUUUUAUCGACCAGCUCUCGCGGGAACAAAAAAAAACAAAAGUUGCAAAUGUAUUUUAACCAGUCGGUCUCGGAACUUUUUUUUUAUUACUGAAGCAAUGACGAGAAGAUUUUUUUUUCAUUAUUUUUUAAUUUAACGAAAUGCUUAACCGUCGAAGGCUGCCUGCUUCAAAGUUCAUUCCCAUUCGAAGAAUAUUUCGACUGUUCAUUCCUAGUAACAGGGUAAUUAUUUGAGAGAAAUAAUAUGCUUUCAUAUACGUUUUUCAUGAUGUACAGAUAUGUAUAAAAACAAUCAAUAAAUUGUUCAUUGAAAGCCAAAAAUCCAAGAACUAACUAAGAAUAAUCAGGAAGAACCGUUUUGCCGAAAGCUGUUUCACCGAAUGCGCCAUUUUGCUGAAAACUAACACUUUGCCGACUAAUCUAUCGAAAUUAUUUAUUUUUCUAUAUCAUAGACACCAGCUGAGUAGUUGGGAUGGCCUUCGACGAAAUGACUUACGGGAAAUCGACGAAGUGGCCCUUUCGAUGAGGUGACCCUCACAAUGAAAUGGUUUGGUCGAAACCGUAGAAUCACUAUAGAAAAUCCAAGGAUAACUAGGAACCAUUAUAUGGGGAAUAAAGUGAUUAAAAUUUACUUAGGUUACAAUAUUUGUCAAAAUGAGAGUGAACAUUUGAAAUUGCAGCAACCGACGGCCAAGUAAUCUGUUUUUUAUGCCUAGUUUUUUGUCAGAUUCUUGUUCAAUGGAGUAUUUAAAAGAAAAGAGCGUUUAACACAAACCUUUAGUGUAACCUAGAAACUAUAUCACUGGAAAGAUGGGUGAAUGGAACUUAACAGUGGAUUGGCGGCAAAUCGUACGAAGUUGACCUUGGCAUUGCGUUCAGUUUUGUGGUCACAAAAAACUCAGUGACUCAUUUCAUUCGACGUCAGUCCCUAUAAUGAUCUGUAGCUCGAUUUCGUUUGGUCGGAAAACAAAUCUUACUUGUCAUUUUAACUAAAAAUAGAAAUCAAAAAAACACGGAAGACAGUGAAUGUAAUCUUCGAUUUCCCUUUAAUGUUGUUUUAACAGUGUUAAUUUUAACGGCGGUAAAUAAAUUUUAGCAAACGAACAGUAUAUCAACUGAAAGCUUAUAAUGUUUGACUGAGGGGGUUUAAAAUCGGUGAAAUACAAUAAAUUUUAUUGUUCAUGUUUUGAAUUAUUUAAAUUAUUACUAUUCAAUCUGAGAUGAAAUCUUACGGUAAUCUGUGUAUAUUUUCAAAAUUCACUAUAAAACCAGUACAUUUUAUCGCAAAUAUUAGACCGAAAACAGAUUUCAGUUAAUUUAAAUCAUAGGUUGAAACCCUUCGAUUGGGUUUGGAUUGUAUAGUUUAUAUGAAAAUCGUAAGCAAUCAUUUUCCGGUGUAAAAGUGCAAUAAUUAACUUAUAUAGUUUUAACAAUACAGUAGCGUUAAGGUGCAUAAUUUUUAUUACAAUUAUGGGUUUUGUUUGUGGUGCUAGGAAAAGGAUGAGAUUUUUUUAAGAGACAAUUUUUAUAGCGUUUGAAUCUCAUUUUAAUUAGUAAAUUUACAUACGCAUCGUGAAACUAAAUUCAGAUCAACACUCCCAUUGAGAGCACUGGCAACAGUUUUAAUUCCAGUGCUUCAAUGCUUAAUAACUGAAAUUAGUAAAGAUAGAAAAGAUUAUAUUUUAUACAUGAAAGCAAUAUAACCGAUUUAAGGCUAAACUUAGGCCUCGUGAAUUGAUCAACAUACGGUAUGAAUAUUGACUAAAGGCGAUUACGCUGGCAAGUCUAUAUUAUAAUCACGUUUAAUAUUUUUACUGAUGUAUGUUACAAUAUGCUUAUUGCUGAAAUCAAAUUAACACUUAAAAAAAGGGAAUGUAUGCACGGGGUGCGACAAACUUACGUAGGACCAAUAGCCACGGGUUGGAUUCGGACGUUCUAAUGGCAACAGUACGUGUGCAGAGAACUUUUCCCCAUAGGCAUUAUUCAACAAACGUGUUUAACAUGAAAGACAGCAGAAAUAUAUUAAACAAAAAAAAACGGACGAGUUUCAGCUACGAUAAUCAAAUGCAAAAACAUAUACAAAAAAACUAUUUAUAAUAAUUCAUAUAUAGCCGAACAAGUUAAUAUCUAAAGAGCAAAAAAAAAUACUCACCCACAAAUCUAACAGUAAAAACCGAACAUACGUAAACGAAAUGACACAAUAAACAGCAGUACUACAUGAAAACCUCGUUUAUAGUGCAUCCAGGAGGCCAAGAACUCGACUUAUCAAACUACCAUUAACACUCAAUUUAUUCCAAACUUAAACAAAACAAUUACUAGAGAGAAAAGAUACACGAGACAAUAAAGCUCUAGACCAACACUGGAGGAACGACUUUUAUCGGUAUAUUUUGAAGUAAACGUAGAACUUGCAGUUUGUUUUACAUUCUCAUACGCCACAACAUAACUGAAUUAUUCACACAGUAAAGGCAGCAACAGUGCAGCGACCUUUUUUGCUAGAGCUAGGUACUUCACGACAUGACAACUAUUCUAAAGAGCAGAAUUUGUGGGUAUUUACGUUUGUGAAACAUAUGCCUACUAUGAUUAUACCGAAUAAAGCAACAACUAAACAUCAAAACAGCUCAAUCAAAGCUACUCUCUCAAAA